CCCCCCGCUCCUCCCCCCAGACCAUUCCGCCUCUCCCUCCCCGCCCAGCGGCCGGAAGCCUCUCUGAGUCAGAGGGAGGAAGCGCUGAGCCCGGGCCGCCCCUCACAGGAUGCUCGCGGCGCGGCCGGAGCACAGAGCGAGCGGCCGGCAUGGGAGAGGAUGGCGGCAGUCCGGGCCGGAGCGGCUGCAUCCGCAAACAGUACGGACGAACACUGCUCGGGACCAGCUGGAAGGAGCGAUUCAUCCGCCUUCAGAGAGGCCGCCUCCUCAUCUUCCAGCAGCAGGAUGAUGCCCAAUGCGAAGAGAUGGUGGAACUCGGGAAAUAUCAGCGAUGCCAGGAACUCCGAGGAUUUAUGAAGAAGAACCAGUUUAGGCUGGUUCUGAUCCGUCGAUCAGGAACAAAAGUACCUGAAUUAAAAUUUCAAGUUAAUGAUGCUGAGGAGAAGGAUUCGUGGCUCAGAGCCCUAAAUGAAGCCAUUGAAGAAGCCAAUAACAAAGAGUUUGAUCAGGUUACAGUGGAUGAAAAGAGUUCUCUGGAUCACUUAACACGUAACAGAGCAAAAAUAAACCACAACCGAAGACCACCAACAAGGCAACAUCGGAAAGAAGUAGCCAGUGCUAUGUCCAGUGGAAUACAGAGACUAGAACUUGGAGCUCAGACUCUUAUUAUUGAAGAAUCGACAGAUGAAGCGCAAUUGAAGGAAAAAGUCAGUGAUCAAGCCAAGAAGAAUAGACCUAUCCUUAUGCCUAAAGCCAGAUGCACUAAUGCAAAAAGCAAUGAUGCAUUAGAAAUGAAGGAAGAAAGUCCACUAACUGAGGAGGGAGAAGGACCAUCAAACCAGGAGCCUUUGGACAAAGCCAAAGAGGGUCGGGAGGCCGAGGCGGGAGAGGGUCGGGGGGCCGAGGAGGGAGAGGGUCAGGGGGCCGAGGCGGUAGAGGGUCGGGAGGCUGAGGCGGGAGAGGGUCGGGGGCCCGAGGAGGGAGAGAGUCACGGGGCCGAGGAGGGAGAGAGUCGGGGGACCGAGGAGGGAGAGGGUCAGGGGGCUGAGGGUCGGGCGGCCGAGGAGGGUGAGGGUUUGCCAGCGAAAGAAGGAGACGGUCCACCAGCCGAGGAGGGAGAGGUUGGAAAGCUAUCUUGUACCAGAGAAACGAUUUCUGAUCUCCUCAAAAAUGAAGGUGAGUCUGACUUCCAAACAAAAGCAUCUACAGAUACAAAUGAAAUGGAGAAACAACAGUCUGAAACCAACAGUAAUAGUUCACUAAACAGGGCAAAUCUACCACGGGUGAAAUGUGCUUCCUUGGGAGAUAUCUUAUCAGAAUCCAAGCAACAAGUAAUAACAAAACAAUUUGAUACUUAUGGCAACCUAAAGAACACAAAUGUGGAAAAAAUGGAAAGUAGUAUAGCUUUUGAGCUAAAAGUAACAAAGGAACUUCUCCAGCAAGUCUCUGGGAAGGACGCAGCUGUUGAGCAACAUCUUCAGAGCACCACCACCCAAGACAAUUGGUCAACCAGCAGUGCAGCACGUUUGUUGAAUGAUGCUAUGGCUAAAUGGUCAGAAGCAGACAAAGUCUUGCAAGAACUUAAAGAUUUAAAGGAAUUAUACAAGAAACCUGAGACUCUCACUUCGGAGGAAAGAGAAAGACGUAAAAAUCUGUUGACUUUCUACAGGAGGAGUGUGCCUUAGCCUGAAUUUGUAAUAUGCAGGAACGGUGGUUCAAACUGGGUGCUUGGUAAGUUGCAAUAUGAGUAUUUUGGAUCAGGUCUCCUGCAUUGUUAAAUUUCUUUGGAGAGAUCAGGAUGAGUUCUGUUUUUUGUGUUAAAGUGAACAUUUUGCACAGAUGGCUGAGAUGCUUCACAAUGAAGGAACAGUUUUUUUUUAAAAAAGGCAGUUUUAAGUUGGAAUUGUACAUUUGCAAUUCCACACUGCUGCCCUUGUCAAUUGCUUGACAAUUCUUGAAAUUCAGGCAUUUUGCACAAAACCAGUAUUCGCCUUUUAGCUAAUGAGCUUCCUCCAGUUUGCUGUUCCUGUCUUGUCUUGCUUUGAGCCGGUUGUUUUCAAGCCUCUGGCUUUCCUACUGUAUUUUAAAUUUUAAAUCAAGUGAUUGCAGGGGAAAUAGACUUUGUACUAUAUUCAUCAAACUGGUUAACAGUUUGUUACAGAUUGUUGCAGUUGUUAGUGAAAUUCAUGUUGUCAGGUCAGUGAGAGAGAGAAUGUUGGUGCUUGUCUUGUGAAAGAGACAGGUAGAAAUGUCCGGAAUUGACCACAAUUAAAAGGAAAUUAAGUGCAACAUUCUGUAAUCAUUGAAAUGUGAAUGUAGCAUCACUGAUAUAUUUUUAACCAGUCAGUAUUUGAGUUGCCAUAAAUAUUAACUGUAUUUAGAUUAACUGUAUUGUCCAGAUGCGACGUUUGUAUUUCUGUGAACUCAUGUUAAAAUACUUCUUACUGCCAGUAUUAAUAUUUAUGCAAAAAACUAAUAUGACUUUGCCUUAGUAUAUACCCAGUGGAAUUUUUUUAUAUAUCCUGCCUAUUAGCCCAGGCUUAUUGCUUUAUUUAUACUUUAACCGUGUUUAUAUUUUUCUGUAACAAGGGAUUCAUGCUGUUGACUAGCAUGAAGCACUUCACAAUAAAAUGACGUUCUAU